AUGUGGAUACCUAUUCCCCUCCACAUCGCACAUCGUGUUUUAUGGAGUUUGGAGCUGAGGAAACUUUGGUUGGGUUGCCAGGACGUUCGCACCACUUUGUGGAAAGCACGAGCUAACAGUGAGACCGACAGAGGGGGUGUUGCAUUUCUACACAUUCAGUAUCCUUUUCCCUUGGAGCCUGAGAGUAAAACCUCAGCAGUACUCCCUGCCUUUGCCAGCCUGAGGAGUCAGAGACUCAAACUUGUUCCCAGCUCUUGCGCCUUCAUUGUAGAGCUGCGUUCUGCUCAGUGGGCUGCCGAGAAGGACCAGACCGAAACAAGAUUUAGAAGAAUUCUGCUGCCGACAGUAUUUGUUAUUCAUAGAUGUUCUGUCUUCAAUGAGGUCUAUCAAAGUGUAAAACUAGAUGGGAUGUCUUCCAAGCGACCAGCCUCUCCGUAUGGGGAAGCAGAUGGAGAGGUAGCCAUGGUGACAAGCAGACAGAAAGUGGAAGAAGAGGAGAGUGACGGGCUCCCAGCCUUUCACCUUCCCUUGCAUGUGAGUUUUCCCAACAAGCCUCACUCUGAGGAAUUUCAGCCAGUUUCUCUGCUGACGCAAGAGACUUGUGGCCAUAGGACCCCCACCUCUCAGCACAAUACAAUGGAGUUGCUUACAGGGAAGGCACGGACAGCAUUAGAGUCAGUGGAGAGCUCACUCAGAGUUUCCUGUGCCACCUGCUCCCAGAGUUCUGAGACCACAAGGACUCCCAGUGUGCCUUUCUUAACUACCCUUAAUGUUGAGGAGAAGUGUGACCAAGAUGGAUUGGACAACUCCAAAGAUCUGUCAUUUUCCAACAGUUCUUCCUUCCCUCCAAUUGGACCUAAGAACUCAAAGCCAGGAACACUGAGACCUGUUGCCAAUUUGAGUGAAUAUAGUGACUGUACUCGGCCGGGGCCUAACAUUGGAGCCGGGCCUUUUCCUGUGGGCCGGUUUCCACCAUGUCUGGGACUGGCUCAGCGACAGUGGGUCUUUUGUUGUGAAAGGCUGGCUGAAACCCCCAGUAUUGAAAAGCUACUCUCAAAGGACUGGAAAGACAAACUUCUUGCAAUGGGAUCAGGGAACUUUGGUGAAAUAAAAGGGACUCCUGAAAGCCUAGCUGAGAAAGAGAGGCAGCUCAUGGGUAUGAUCAAUCAACUGACCAGUCUGCGAGAGCAGCUAUUGGCUGCCCACGAUGAGCAGAAGAAACUGGCUGCAUCUCAGAUUGAGAAACAGCGCCAGCAAAUGGAGCUGGCCAAACAGCAACAAGAACAGAUUGCAAGACAGCAGCAGCAGCUCCUGCAGCAACAACACAAAAUCAAUUUGCUUCAGCAACAGAUCCAGGUUCAAGGUCAACUGCCGCCAUUAAUGAUUCCCGUGUUCCCUCCUGAUCAACGGACACUGGCUGCAGCUGCCCAGCAAGGAUUCCUUCUUCCUCCAGGCUUCAGCUAUAAGGCUGGAUGUAGUGACCCUUACCCUGUUCAGCUGAUCCCAACUACCAUGGCAGCUGCCGCUGCAGCAGCACCAGGCUUAGGCCCGCUCCAACUGCAGGAUGAAGUGGCACAGCCACUGAACCUAUCAGCUAAACCCAAGACCUCUGAUGGCAAAUCACCCACAUCACCCACCUCUCCCCAUAUGCCAGCUCUGAGAAUAAACAGUGGGGCAGGCCCCCUCAAAGCCUCUGUCCCAGCAGCAUUAGCUAGUCCUUCAGCCAGAGUUAGCACAAUAGGUUAUUUAAAUGACCAUGAUGCUGUCACCAAGGCAAUCCAAGAAGCUCGGCAGAUGAAGGAGCAGCUUCGGCGGGAGCAACAGGUGCUUGAUGGGAAGGUGGCUGUUGUGAACAGUCUAGGUCUCAAUAACUGCCGGACAGAAAAGGAAAAAACAACACUGGAGAGUCUGACUCAGCAACUGGCAGUUAAACAGAAUGAAGAAGGAAAAUUUAGCCAUGCCAUGAUGGAUUUCAAUAUGAGUGGAGAUUCUGAUGGAAGUGCUGGAGUCUCGGAGUCAAGAAUUUAUAGAGAAUCCAGAGGGCGUGGUAGCAAUGAACCCCACAUAAAGCGUCCAAUGAAUGCCUUCAUGGUGUGGGCUAAAGAUGAGCGAAGGAAAAUCCUUCAAGCCUUUCCUGACAUGCACAACUCCAACAUCAGCAAGAUAUUGGGAUCUCGCUGGAAAGCUAUGACAAACCUAGAGAAACAGCCAUAUUAUGAGGAGCAAGCCCGUCUCAGCAAACAGCACCUGGAGAAGUACCCUGACUACAAAUACAAGCCCAGGCCAAAGCGCACCUGCCUCGUGGAUGGCAAAAAGCUGCGCAUCGGUGAAUACAAGGCAAUCAUGCGGAAUAGGCGGCAGGAAAUGCGGCAAUACUUCAAUGUUGGGCAACAAGCACAGAUCCCCAUCGCCACUGCUGGUGUGGUAUACCCUGGAGCCAUCGCCAUGGCUGGAAUGCCCUCCCCUCACCUGCCCUCGGAGCACUCAAGUGUGUCUAGCAGCCCCGAGCCUGGGAUGCCCGUUAUCCAGAGCACUUAUGGUGUGAAAGGAGAGGAGCCACAUAUCAAAGAAGAGAUACAGGCUGAGGACAUCAACGGAGAAAUUUAUGAUGAGUUUGAUGAGGAAGAAGAUGAUCCAGAUGUAGAUUAUGGGAGUGACAGUGAAAACCAUAUUGCAGGACAAGCCAACUGA